UUAGCUAUAAAAAAAUAUUUAGGAGAUCUCUUCUAGAUGCACUAACAAAGAAGAGGGUGCAGCCACUGCCAAAACCUCCCUCCCGCACUCCAUUCCCAUCGCACCCUUUCCUUCCCCUUUACAUCUCCUCCACGGGAUCUUUCACCUUUCGAGGAGCAAGCGCUCCCACGCUGACGACCCCAUCCAUAGUUGCUAGCGAGCGGAGCGCCAUCCCACUUCAGUACAGGGCACAUCUUGCUUCCAUUUGCUCCACGGAAAAACUCUCUGCGGGCUCGUCGUUCAGCGCAAUGGCAGGCGGCAAUGCCGGUGCCGCCGCCGCCGCUUGUCUCUUCCUCUCCUUGGGCGGCCUGCUGCUCGUCGCGGGCGACGAUCCGUACCGGUUCUUCACGUGGACGGUCACCUACGGCGACAUCUACCCGCUCGGCGUCAAGCAGCAGGGGAUCCUGAUCAACAACCAGUUCCCGGGGCCGCAGAUCGACGCCGUCACCAACGACAACCUCAUCAUCAACGUCUACAACAAGCUCAACGAGCCCUUCCUCCUCUCCUGGAGCGGGAUCCAGCAGCGGCGGAACUCGUUCGAGGACGGGGUGGCCGGCACGACGUGCCCGAUCCCGCCCGGCGGCAACUUCACCUACAUCCUGCAGGCCAAGGACCAGAUCGGCACCUACUACUACUUCCCCUCGCUCGCCUUCCACAAGGCCGCCGGCGGCUUCGGCGGCAUCCGCGUCCUUAGCCGCCCCAUGAUCCCCGUCCCCUUCCCGCCGCCCGCCGCCGACUACACCGUCCUCAUCGGCGACUGGUACAAGGCCAACCACACUGACUUGCGGUACAUGCUUGACAGCGGCAAGGCGCUCGGCUUCCCUGACGGCCUGCUGAUCAACGGCCGAAGUUGGAAUGGCUACACCUUCACCGUCCAACCCGGCAAGACGUACCGUUUCCGGGUCACCAACGUGGGCCUUGCCACCUCCCUGAACAUCCGGUUCCAGGGGCACACCAUGAAGCUGGUGGAGGUGGAGGGGUCGCACACCAUGCAGACCACCUACUCCUCCCUGGACGUGCACCUCGGCCAGUCCUACUCGGUGCUCCUCACCGCCGACCAGCCCGGCUUCGACUACGCCAUCGUCGUCUCCACGCGCUUCACUAGCAAGAUAAUCUCCUCCACGGCCAUCCUGCACUACACCAACUCCGCCGGCAAGGCUCCCGGCCCCCUGCCCGGAGGCCCCACCAUCCAGAUCGACUGGUCACUCAACCAGGCCCGGUCUAUCAGAUGGAACCUGACGGCGAGCGGGCCGAGACCGAACCCGCAGGGCUCGUACCACUACGGCCUGGUGCCGGUGACCAGGACCAUCAGGCUGGCCAACUCGGCGGGGACCAUCAACGGGAAGCAGAGGUACGCGGUGAACAGCGUGUCCUUCGUCAACGCGGACACCCCGCUCAAGAUCGCCGACUACUACAAGAUCUCCGGUGUGUUCUCGGUGGGCACAAUCGCCGACAACCCGACCUACGGCAGCGCCUACCUUCAGACGUCGGUCAUGGGGGCGAAUUACAGGGAUUACGUCGAGAUCGUGUUCGAGAACAAUGAGGACGAGGUGCAGUCGUGGCACAUUGACGGAUACGCCUUCUGGGUCGUCGGAAUGGAUGGAGGAAAAUGGUCAUCGGCGAGCAGGCAGGGCUAUAACUUGAGGGACGGCGUUUCGCGGUACACCGUCCAGGUUUACCCCAGAUCAUGGACGGCGAUCUACAUGCCUCUGGACAACGUCGGCAUGUGGAACGUCAGGUCGGAGAACUGGGCCAGGCAGUACCUGGGGCAGCAGUUCUACCUCCGCGUCUGGACGCCGUCGACGUCGUGGCGCGACGAGUACCCGAUCCCCAAGAACGCGCUCCUGUGCGGCAGGGCGGCCGGUCGCCGGACCAGGCCGCUCUGAGUUGGGACGGCGGACAGAGCUUGUCACGAGAGGAUGACAUACACGUUGGUCUGCAGAGUAGGCACAGGAAUUUACUGAAGGAAGGCUCGAAGAAUAGUGACCUGAAACUGAAAGUCAGAAACAUUGCUGGAUGCAACAGCAUAUGCCAUUUAUAGCUCGGGUUAGACCAUAUAAUACUACUGUCAGUGUUCAUGUGUGUCCGCAUUUUGCUUGAUUCCUUUAUGCAACGCAAAUGUUUUUAGUGAUGGGUUACAUGGGUAUAAACAAUCGCGUAGCAUCUUGCUACAUUAUUCAGAUUCUUGCUACAUGGGUUACAUGGGUUUCGAAA